AUGGCUAAUGUUCUUGAACAACUCCGUCAACAUACGACCAUUGUCGCUGAUACAGGUGACUUUGAAUCAAUAGAAAAAUAUAAACCAACCGAUGCAACAACAAAUCCAUCAUUAAUAUUGGCUGCUGCCAAUAUGAAACAAUAUGAUCAUAUCAUUAAUGAUAUUAUUGAUAAAUGUCGUGCAAAAGAUACAUCGGCAUUGGAUGAACAGAAAAUAAUUGAUGAUAUUAUUGAUCAUGUAUUUGUUGCCUUUGGUGAAGAAAUUCUCAAAAUCAUUCCUGGUCGUGUAUCAACUGAAGUUGAUGCACGUCUAUCGUUUGAUCUUGAAGGACAAAUAAUUAAAGCACGUCAUCUGAUUGAAUUAUAUGAACAACGUGGUGUAUCAAAAGAUCGAAUUUUAAUCAAAUUAGCAUCGACAUGGGAAGGUAUACAAGCAGCAAAAGAAUUAGAAGAAAAGUAUGGCAUACAUUGUAAUAUGACACUAAUUUUUUCAUUCGCACAAGCAUUAGCCUGUGCUGAUGCACAAGUCACAUUGAUUUCACCAUUUGUUGGACGAAUUUAUGAUUGGUUUAUUGAAAAAAAAGGAAAACGUGAAUAUGAAAUUGAAGAAGAUCCGGGAGUUGUUAGUGUUACACGUAUUUACAAUUAUUAUAAACAAAACAAUGUUAAAACUGUUGUUAUGGGCGCAUCGUUUCGCAAUACAAAACAGAUUCUUGGUUUAGCUGGAUGUGAUUUAUUAACAAUAAGUCCAAAAUUACUUGAUGAAUUAGGUUCACAAAAACUAUCGGAGAAUGAACUUAUACACGUCUAUUUAAAUAAAGAACAGGCUGAACAAAAAAAUAAAGAAAAGAAAAAAUAUGGAAAACUUGAUGAAAAAACAUUUCGUUGGAUGUUAAACGAAGAUGAAAUGGCUCAUGAUAAAUUAUCCGAUGGAAUCAGAAAAUUUGCAGUUGAUGCAAAAAAACUUGAAGAACUUAUUCGAGCACGUAUUCAACAACGAAAAUGA